AUGAGUGAGAACCCUCGCAGCGCCUCUCCCCCGAAGGGCCGGCUGGGAUCCCAAAGUGUCUUCGGAACGAAAGCCUCCCUCGUCGCCAACACCGUGCGUGCCCGGAUUGGUGGCCGGAUUGCUGCACUCCACAUCCCGCAAAGUGAAGCCCAGAAGCUGGAGAGGGUGGCACGGGAUGCGGCAGAGCAAAGAAAGCUCCGGGCCCCGCCCGAGGCUGGCUUGGUGUUGGAGUACGCUUACGGCUUCAACGGCCGAGGAUGCCAAAACCUCUACGGCUUCGGCCAGUCGUACUGCUACAGCGUGGCGGCCUUGGGAGUGGUCUGGGACGAGGAGCACAAAGAGCAGAGGACAUUUCAGGGGCACACGGCAGAGAUCACGGCCAUGGCAUGCUGCAGUCAGUCACGGCGAAUCGCUACGGGCCAGAAGAUGGCGGCGGGGGAGACGACUGCAAGCAUCCUGCUUUGGUCGGCGGAAGAACCGGUGCCAAGCAUGAGGCAACAAAUCCUUGGGCACAACUACGCCAUAUACUCCCUUGCGUUUUCAGCAGAUGGGCGGUGGCUCUUCUCGGUAGCAGCUGAGGAGCGUGGCCGCAAGCCCUCGAAAAAUGAGUUGAAGGCCAACACGUCACCUUUGUGCGCCUGGCGCAUCGAUGACGCGCCGGCCAAAGGCCCGGCUCGGCAAAUUCGAGCCCCACAGGUGCGACUGCCAAUAAAGGAGAAGGUGCACCUGGUGCCACACCCGACGGACAGCAACCGCCUCAUGGCCUACGGUGGCCGGAAUGUUUACUUCGUCACCUGCAGCUGGGCAGCCAAAGAUGCUGCUCAGAGCGCCAAGCUUCUCAUACCGACGCCGCCACACGAUUCUGCUGGCUGCCCUUUCUAUGGCUUCAAGUCAGGUUGCUUCUUCUCGGGAUCACCUGACCUUGCCAUUGUGGGAGCCGACGGAGGAGUCUUCGUGAUUGAAGCCUUCUCCAGUGAUGGACCCGUUUGUUUGCGCGGACUCGCAAUUGCUGCCUUCGAGGUGCGUUUCUUGGUGCCGCUUUCCUCUGGAGAUGUCGCCUGCGGUGGCUCCGGAGAUUCCAUUCUGCUGCUGCGGUCGGAUCUUUCCUCUUCAAAGUUGAAGGUGGCAGGUCUGGCACGGAACAUCCUGGACUUUGCCACAGCCACUGUGAUUGAGGCACCCACAGGCCCACAGAUUCUGGCCGGAACCGUCAAUGGGGCUCUCUGCCGAAUCCGCAUGAACACGGGCGCGGGCUACUGCUCCGCAGAGCUCUUGGAGCAGUCGCCUUCCGGAAGGGCUGAGGUGAAAGCAUUGGCGGUGAAUCCACGCAAGCCCAGCCAAGUUGCGGUUGCGGAUGCUUCUGGUUUGGUCAUGUUCUUUGACCUGGAUGUGCAACGGCUCAUGGAUGUCGCCAGUCAGUUUCGGGCAGGUGUGACAGCAAUGACAUGGGAUCCGAGUGGGUUGCUUCUGGCAGUGGGGCUCGAGAGCGGAGGCUUACGAUGCAUGCUCAUAGGAGAUCUUGAAGCUGGACGUAUGUCGGAACUCGAGAUGGGCAGCGCUGGCCUUUAUGACGCUGCUGUGACUGCUUUAUGCUUUUCACCUGGUGCUGGCGGUCUCCUGGCUGUUGGCUACAGGGACGGUCGAGUGCAAAUUCUGCAGGUGCAGCGACCCUCCAUAGGGGGCGGAAACGGUUCCACCUUCCACCUGGUCCCUUUCAAAGUCUUGCAGGGCAACGCCUCUGCUGUGCUGUCUCUGCAGUUCGCCAAGGACGGCUCCGCUUUGGCGAGCAAUGCUCGAGACAGUGCAGUUCUCUGCUGGGAUGUGGAGACGGGCAAGUCAGUGCCCGCCAACUUUCCACCUGACGUGUGGUUUGGAAGUGGGCAUGGGUUUCGGUUGACAGUGUCUUGGGCAAUGUGGGGCGCGUGGAACAAGGACAGCUACAAGUCCAGCACGGCAAUCGUCGCUGAGUCGCAUGGCGUCUCGAAACUCAUGGCAGUGGGGGAUGAAGAUGGCCUUGUGAAGCUGCAAAGGUUUCCGCUUUUCAUCCCGGAUGCUUCUGCCAAGGAGUACGCCGGCCAUUGCUCUCGGAUUGCUGGCUUGGCCUGGGCUGGGCCAGACCGGCUCGUCACUGCCGGUGCUGGAUCGUGCGGUCUUCUGCAAUGGCGCUUGGAAGCUAGCCAGCGUCGGAAAGAGACGGAGGAGGUUGCAGCGGUGCAGCCGAAAACAGAGGAGACGAACAAAGAGACUGGGACAGCUGGAGCUGUUGGAACAGCAUCGGUGCGCUCCACAAGGAGUGCUGGUGCUGGUCGACGGCCCACCGCCUCCGGUACAUCUCAGUCAUCGACGGCACGAAGCAAGUCGCCGUCCUCAACAGGAGGCACGGAAGCGGCACGUCCUUCUCGACCGACUUCGGUAAGCCAACGAAGUUCGAGCCCAACCAGGGCAAAUCGCCCGCGUGUGAACGACUCGAUCACGAGUGUGGCUUCUUCGCGGCCUAACAGCCGAAGCCGCGCCAGCUCGAGGUUGCGGGGCAGCACAGGUGCUGGCAAUGCUGAACCGAAGCAGUUCACAUUCAAAGCCCAGCCAGAUGCACAACCUGAUGAAGAGCGUUUCAAGGACGCUGCAGUCCAAACCGACGCCCCGAAUGUGGCGGCUCCCAGGAACAUUGUGACCUUUGCACCUCCUGUCAACUACGCUCCCGGCCGAUUCAUUGCAAUCAACCAUGAGCCGUACGGUGCUUGGCAGGUGCAAUCGCGCCCGGCAUCGCCGAUGCGAUACGCAUCACCGCCGAGGUUGGUUUCCAUGCCGCCAGCGUAUGGCCAGCCGCUUCCUUACAUGUCUCCGCCGCCGGCCAAGCGCUCCCCAUCCUAUCCGAUGGUGGCCAUCUCUCCCCCAAACCUCCAAGAAGGACUGCCAGUAGGGAAUCCAGCCGCUGUCCCAUCGGUCAUCAGGUAUGUGUCUGCAGCUUCCGCGUUGGCUCCUUCAAGUCCAUCCGCUGCCACGCCCAACCCAGUUGUGAGGGCGCAGACACCUCCGCCAACACGCGUUUCCCCACGGAUCUACCAGCCCACUCAGUCCGCCCUGGCCGGCUCGCCUGCGACAGAGCCCCUUACCAGACCUACUGCACGAUUGGCGCUAACAACGCCUGCAUCGACGAUCUCGGCUUGCAACAGUGGGGAGGUAUCCCAAGGCCAACUUUGCUGCGGUGGCCCAUAG